AGUGACUAUAUCUCGUCAACUCUAUAGAAAAAUUUCAUUUUCACACCGCACUUAACAUACCGUCUUGAACAUAUCGCCUCCAAAUAACCACAAUCACAUCCUACACUAUGUUCUCCCACACUCUCGUUUUCUUGGCCGCUACCUUGGCUGCUCUGGCUCAGCCCGCCCUGGGAUUGCCCACUGAGCAGCUUGAUGCCCGGCAGACUGUGUGUUCGAUAAACGAGAAGACUUGGACGGCUACCAUGACGGGGACGUGCUCCAUUGACGGAGGCCCGGCCAUGACGUGUGAUCAGAGAACCGAUCUCAAGACGCUCGUCGUAAAGAAGAAUACGAUGUUGAGCGCCUCAGGCCUGGGCAACAACAAAUUCGAAUGCAAGGGAUACCAGUCCUGGCAAUGCUGCUCUUCUUAGAGUAUGGCACUCAGCGUGAACACGAGCUUGGAGACAUUUUAGUAAAGCCUGAGAAGAUAGUCACCGAUUUCUUAUAGAUCAAAGGGAACAAAACAAUUUCCAAAGGACUCGACUCCAGUAGAUUCGGAUGGAGGUUUAGAGUAAUACAACC